AUGAUUUUCAUGCACAUCAAGGAAAUAUGGCCAGAGCCUCCCAUGGCGAGGAAAAAUGCAGAUCCUCCCAAAAUACCAAAAAACAUCGAGGCUUUCCAAAGGACAUUUUCGAAUAUUUCUCCCGAGAAAACCACAAGAACUCUGAGUGAGAUUUUAUCAGAGAUCUCGAGCGUGUUUGUUGCGUCUGUCUGCUCCUCCACCUGCCCCAAGAAAAGCAGAGACAUAAAUGCCGAAGUUGAAAAAAUAGGAAAAUUGUACGAGGAAGUAAAUGCGAUUAUAGGCAGCCUGCGGGAGAUAGAAGGCAGAGAAAGGCUUGUGGAGCUGGUUAAAAGGCAAAUAUCCAAAAAGAAAAACCUAAUUCGAAAAUUAAAUUUAAAAGAGGCCAGGAAAAGCGACCGCCUCUUCGAGGGCUGGGAAAGCCAAAAAUAA